AUGUCGCAGACAGACUUGAUGGAGAACUUCUGGUGGUGCGUCGACUGCGAUCUCAUGACCUCCUGCAUGGAGAGCCGGCCGAGGAACAGAACUUACUUCGCAAGGAAGGCCUUCACUCCCAAGAGCCCCACUUCUGAGCCUGCAGGGCGGCAGGACGACAAUGUGCGAAGCCGAAGGCUGAGUUUGACCAAGAAGAGCAGCCUGGACUACGAGCGAACGUUGCCCAGCUCUCUCAAAGAGCUGGUGCAGCUGGAGAAGGACAAGGCAGAGGAGUACGAGGCUCUCAAGCUUCAGUUCAACACCAUGUCUAAGGACGGACAAUGCUCGAGCGAGGAGGUCAGGAUGUUCCAGGACCACCUGAGCACGGCGAGGAUGCAAAGGUACAGGAUCUCGAGGAGGAUUGCUAAGGUGCUCAAGGAGGUGGAGGACCCGCUGGGGUCAAACCCUUACUUCGCCAUGUACACCCGUUACUACCAUGCCUGGCGUUCCGCUCAUGACCGUCACGGCAAUACAGUCCAGUCCAAGGAGAACAUCGCACAACUGGAAGACACAAUGAAGCGGCUCAAGACUCUCAACCCGCCGGAGUUCGCACGGCUGGAGCAGCAGCUGGAUUUGGAGUAUAUGCAAGCACAAGCACUGCAGGCGGAAGAAGUAGAAUCAGGGGACGAGAAUGACAUCUGA